AUGGAGGCAUCGGACCCUGAGCCGCACCAAACGGUAGUUGCGCCUUCGGCGCCUCCAAAGGAGUUUGUAGAACAACAAAAUAUCAUUUUGGCCACAAAUAUGGACGGAUCAAAUCAAACUCCCGGUAUAGCACCUUCCGGUGGUAAUCCCAAACAGCUGGUAAUUCCUGCUCAGGUCUUUGUCGCAAUGCAAGAUAACGACCGACAAAAUAGUAGAAGAAAACGACCAGGGCUUAUAUGGAGACUUGGUAAAGGACUGUGUUAUGCCUAUUUGGCCAUUGCUGGGUUUCUUCUAUUGGUUGCCGCCGUAAUAAUCAUUGUGUGUGUCUGUUGGAUUAAGAAAACAGAACCGGACUUAGGUACUAGGAUUAACGAGGGCAAUAGUCUCAGAACAAAAUUUGCCGAAGAACUGCAAAAGCAGCGAGAACGUUUUGGAGACUCUUAUUCUUUUAAGGAAUAG